GGAAGAACCCCACUGGCGCGGCUUUCCAAAACUCUUCCCCCGCUGCUCAUGAGAUGGAGGCAUGCGCCGGGAGCUCUGGGGGCGGGGCCACAUCAGAAGGAAGAGGCGGGGCUUGCUCCACAGCAAAGCUGAGCCGGCCGGGGAGGACUUUGGUUCCCGGCAGGAGGCUGGCCCACAAGGAGAGGGAGAAUCGAAUUAAACCGGGACCGGCCUUACACCAGAGCUAGAGUGUCUAGGACCCAAGGUGCUACACCCCGAGGGGACGUGGUCCCUUGCGAGCGAGGCCUUUAGGGCUGAGGUAGGUCGGUUCUGAGUGGACUGGGUCGUGAUGUGCAGGAGACUGCCAUCUGAAUGUUAUUCGUCUCUUGUCCGCCUGGCAGCAUGAGGCAUCGCACCCUAACCUCCAGCCCGGCCCUCUGGGCCUCUAUACCGUGUCCACGCUCCGAACUGCGUCUAGACCUGGUUUUAGCUUCUGGACAGUCCUUCCGGUGGAGGGAGCAAAGCCCUGAACACUGGAGUGGCGUGCUGGCAGAUCAAGUAUGGACACUGACUCAGACCGAGGAGCGGCUCUAUUGUACUGUGUACCGAGAAGACAAGAGCCAGGUGGGCAAGCCCACCCUAGAGGAGCUGGACGCCCUACACAAGUACUUUCAGCUGGAUGUCAGCCUGGCUCAGCUGUAUAGCCAAUGGGCUUCUGUAGAUUCCCACUUCCAAAAAGUGGCUCAGAAAUUCCAAGGUGUGAGACUGCUGAGACAAGACCCCACAGAAAGCCUUUUCUCCUUCAUCUGUUCCUCCAACAACAACAUUGCUCGAAUCACUAGCAUGGUAGAACGGCUGUGCCAGGCCUUUGGACCUCAACUCAUUCAGCUUGAUGAUGUCACUUAUCAUGGCUUCCCCAGCCUUCAGGCCCUGGCUGGUCCAGAGGUAGAGGCUCACCUCAGAAAGCUGGGCCUGGGGUACCGGGCCCGCUAUGUAUGUGCCAGCGCCAAAGCCAUCCUGGAAGAGCAAGGUGGGCCAGCUUGGCUGCAGCAGCUUCGAGCAGCCCCUUAUGAAGACACCCACAAAGCCCUCUGCACCCUGCCCGGGGUGGGCACCAAGGUGGCUGACUGCAUCUGCUUAAUGGCGCUUGACAAACCCCAGGCUGUGCCUGUGGACGUCCACGUAUGGCAGAUCGCCCAGCGUGACUAUGGCUGGCACCCUAACACAUCCCAGGCUAAGGGCCCGAACCCCCUGGCCAACAAGGAACUGGGAAACUUCUUCCGGAAUCUGUGGGGACCUUAUGCUGGCUGGGCCCAAGCAGUGCUGUUCAGUGCUGAUCUGCGCCAAUCGAACCAGGCUGGGAAGCCACCAGCAAAGCGCAGGAAGGUCUCUAAGAGGCCAGAAGGCUAGGUAGGACCCAGGAGACCAAAGAUGUCAUUGGUACCUUUCCUUUGCGCCCCACUUGUCUUCUCUAUCCCCACCGUCUCGUGUCAAGAAGGCCCCCACUCCUACCUCAGUCGGUUUUUACAGAAGGGGUGAGGGAGCUGCUUGAGAAUACAGAGCCGUCUUGUUUUAUCUUCCCUUUAUUACAAGAAAGAACAAUAAAAUAGAAACAUUUGUAUGGAAAAUGCAGUGAAGAGUGAGAGGGAAGGGGUGAGGAGGGAUGGGGUAAGAAACUCCCCAGUUCUGGGGUGAGAGGAAGCGGGCUGCCCCCAACCCCUCCCAUGAAAGAAACCCUGACUUCCUUGUUCAGUCCAUGGCCCUAGAGCUUGGGGGUGGUGCGGGGGGCAGUUCCGAGCCUGGCUCCACACAGCAGUCUCGGCAGCAACAGCCAGCUGCUGGCCCUGUGUAGAGAGAAGAGCAGAGUUGGCCGUGGAGCAGGCGCCAGCUCCAGCCUUACGUUUCCUCACGGACACCUAUCCCCUGCCACAUGACCCCGGUUCUUACCCCCGGCUGUCGGCGUCAGCAGCUCCCCGUGGCCAGCUGUCUGCCCCUGCCCGUCCUGGCUGGUGCCCAGCUGCAGCCUCCUCAUGUGCCGAACCACAGCCGUGGCAUUGAAAGCUUGCUGUCGAGAGAGGAGGGGGACUGCUGAAAACGUGCCUGGAGGGCUAGGGGUCGGCAGCAGGAGUCUGGCAGGGACUGCUAUCGUCAUUCACACCUUACUCAGUGACUCCCUAAAUCCUCCCCAGAAAACUAAGGCUUUACUAAGUUAUAUUCAGUCCUACAUACAAGCACAUGUAUGAAAUGUGUACAAAGGAAUUCAUAUUCCUCUAACAAACACUUAUGUGUCAAGCACAGCUCUGAGUACAUUGUAUGGUUAUUCAUUUAAUCCUCACACAAUUCUGUCAUGCAGCACUUUUGUGUUGUUUCUCUUUUUAGAUGGUCUUGCUAUGUAUCCUCGCCUCAGCCUCCAAAGUGCUGGGAUUACAGGCGUAUGUAUGCUACACACCAG